AUGUUCCCCGUAUCAGAUGCGCAAGGAGCACAUGCUGCUGGAUCUAGCCAAGUGCCAGAUGGAGACCAGCGAAGGCGCAAGGAGCAGAUGCUGCUGGACCUCGCCAAGUGCCAGAUGGAGACCAGCGAGUUCGAUGCUGCGUUCCAAUCAACCUCUCUCAACCUCCCUCAACCUCUCUCCUUACCACGUGCCAUACUCCUUGUUCCCCCCCUAUCAGAGGCGCAAGGGGCAGAUGCUACUAGACCUAGCCAAGUGCCAAAUGGAGACCAACGAGUUCGACGCUGCCUUCCAAACGCUGCAAACUGUGGUGUGGUGAACCUAGAGUACUCCCACUGGCUCUCUGCCGCCCAGAAGGACCUCCUGCAGCUGCCCUCCACCUCGCAUACCCACCACGGCUUCAAUUCAGACAUGGAUGGAAUGGAUGAUGGGGAGAGGGACAAUCAUGGGCGGAUGGAUGGAGCGACGGAUGGGGGCAUGCAUGGGGAUAUGGAUGUGGAUAUGGAUCUUGACCCGCUCAUCUGCCCCCUCAUCCUCCCACCUCCUCCCUCCCCCUCCACCCCAUUCCGCCUGCCUCCUCUCUCCCGUCGCUCCCUCGAGCUAUCCCGGGAAGCGGCUUCUUUCCUCCUGCGCACACUGCAAGCCGACCCCCUCUGCAUCCCGGCCUUAGUGCCACUAGUGCAGGUGAGCUUCUUCCUACCUCCCCCGCCACCCCAUUCCGCCUGCCUCCUCUCUCUCGCCGCUCCCUUGCUCUCUCGCAAGGUAGCAUCCUUCCUCCUGCACACACUGCAAGCCGACCCCCUCUGCAUCCCAGCCUUAGUGCCUCUAGUGCAGGUAAGCUCCUCCUAUGUCCCAUUCUCCCCACCUACCCUACCACGCCGCACUCCGCCUCCCUCAAGCUCUCGGAGGACGUGUUUUGAGUCGAGUCUCCGGGGAAGCAGCAUCCGCACACUGCAAGCCGAUCCCCUUUGCAUCCCAUCCCUCGUGCCUCUAGUUCAGGGCCCCAGAGGAGUGGGAGUGGCCCUUGACAUUCUUCACCGCUCGUGCCUGCCUGCCCUGUCACUGAUAUCUCACUGUCUCUCGCCCCACUCCCUUGCUGCUGAUUCUCGUAUCCGCGUGCUGUCUCUGGGUCUACAAGGCACAUGUGGCCCGUCUCUCCGCAUGGCCAUUCUAGCACUGCAUCUGAACGCGCUUGCUACCACCAGAGAGUCCCUGCCUGCUUGCCUGGUGGGGGGGGCUGGCUGGGAGGGAUGGAGGGAGUCAUUGCCACGCUCACAUUCGUUCUCUCACCCCCGCCCCCGUCCCAUUCCCCUGUGUGCAGGCACGUGCGGCCGUCUCUCUCCUCAUGGCCAUUCUAGCACUGCAUGCACGUGCGGCCCCUCUCUCCUCAUGAGCACGCUGGCAGUGCAUCUGGACGCCCUCGGUGCCACCACCAGCAGUGCACUGUCUGCUUGGUGGGGACUGGCUGCUUGGUGGGGACUGGCAGGGAUCAUAAAGGCUGUGUGGCUCUCAGCCUUUGCUGGUGCGGCUGGGAGAGGGGCAGCAGUAGUGGCAGCUGUAGUAGGGGAGAGAGAUGGGGGAAGGAGAGGGGAAGGUGCAGCGAGAAAAGAAGCAGCAGCGAAGGAAGCGAGGGCCAGGAAAGUGGUGCUGCAGGUGUGGUGGGAGAGGAGGGAGUGGUGGAAAGCGGUGCAGUUCGGCAUCGGGCAUGUGAAGAGGCAGUUGAGGCUCAUUGAUCGGCUGCAAGGUGGGUGA